UUCUUUGCCUGCUUGUGUGUGCAGUGUUAGCUCUAGAGAGCUAGAGCUAGCUACAGCCAAAGAUAUUCAGAAAACCAAGCUAAUUAAGGUAGACAGACUGAUCGAUCGUGUUGAGAAGAAGAAUGGGUGUCUCCAGGGUUAUGAAUGAUGUGAAGCCGUACCUGGCGAUGAUCCUGCUUCAGGUAGGGUUCGCCGGGAUGUACGUGGUGGCCGUCGCCUCGCUCAAGCGCGGCAUGAGCCACUUCGUGCUCGUCGUCUACCGUAACCUCUUCGCCACCGCCGUCAUGGCUCCCUUCGCCCUCUGGUUCGAGAGGCGAGUGAGGCCAAGGAUGACCCUCGUAAUCUUCCUGAAGAUCAUGGGGCUCGCCUUACUUGAGCCUGUGCUCGAUCAGAACUUGUACUACAUGGGAGCCAACCUGACGUCCGCCGGCUUCGCCUCGGCGCUCAUCAACGUGCUCCCGGCCGUCACCUUCGUCAUGGCCCUCGUCCUGAGGAUGGAGAGGGUGAGGCUGCGCAGCGUGCACAGCCAGGCGAAGAUCGCCGGCACGCUGUUCACGGUGGCCGGGGCGGUGCUGAUGGUGCUGUACCACGGGCCGGUGGUGCAGUUCCCGUGGACCAAGGGGCAGCACCACGACGGAGCGUCCGGCGGCGCCGGCGGCGCGGCGGGCGGCGGGUUCCUCCAGGGCACCAUCUUCAUCGUCGUCGCCUGCGUGUGCUGGUCGGGCUUCUUCGUCCUCCAGUCCAACACCCUGCAGAGCUACCCGGCGGAGCUGUCGCUCACCACGCUCAUCUGCCUCAUGGGCUCCGUCAUGAGCGGCGCCGUCGCCCUCGUCGCCGAGCGCCACAACACCCGCGCCUGGCUCAUCGGCUUCGACACCCGCCUCUUCACCUGCGUCUACGCCGGUAUCGUGUGCUCCGGCGUGGCGUACUACGUGCAGGGCAUCGUGUCGAGGCAGAGGGGCCCGGUGUUCGUGACGGCCUUCAACCCGCUCUGCAUGAUCAUCACCGCCAUCAUGGGAUCCAUCAUUCUCAAGGAAGAAAUCCGACUUGGAAGCGUGAUCGGCGCGGUGAUCAUCGUGGUAGGCCUGUACGCGCUGAUCUGGGGCAAGAGCGCGGACAACGUCAACCCGCCGGCCUCCGACGCCGGCGCGGCGGCGGGCAGCAACAAGGGCGGCGCCGGCGGCGAGCUGCCAUUGACGACGACAGGCGCCGUGCCCAACGGCGGCCACGGCAGCAAGCACGGCGCCAACGGCGGCCACGUCUUCGACGUCGAGACGCCGCCGCCGGCCAACGGACACUAUUAACUAAGCUGCAGCCCGUCAUCCUCGGCCGUCCAUUCUACGCUAGUUGUGGUUCGAUCGAUGAUCGGUCGGUCGAGAACGUGUGUGAUUCGAAUUUUUUUUCCCCAUAUUUCUUCUUCUUCUUCUUCUUCUUCUUCUUCUUCUUCUUCUUCUUCUUCUUCUUCUUCUUCUUCUUCUUCUUCUUUUCUUCUUGAUUUCUCCUAAAAUUCCUUUGUGGUGAAGCGAGGAGUGAGGCUAGAUCAAAAUCCACACAUAAUUAGUGCAUUGUAAUAUGGAUAAGGCCAGGACGUGUCAUGAGAGUGCUUGCUUUAAGUAAUCAAAUAUUCUCUAGC